AUGGUUUUCGGUCUUAGCCGCCUGACGCCGCGGCGCAUCCUCUUCUUCACAUCCGCAUCUGUACUUUUCUGGAUAUUCGUAAUUGGGUUAACGCCAAUCACCUCACCACUACCUCCUUACACAGGUCCACACGAGGUCGGCAUCUUGGACGUCGAAACAAAAGUGACCAAAAGGAUUAUUCGCGAAGCAACGUUGAAAAAUACGGGAAAGAAUGCCUUUGAGCUAUCGACUUUGGCUGUCACACUAUACUACCCUUCCUCUCUACCCAAUGCUCCUCCUUCGCAACGACCAUGGGCGCGUCCGUGGCUUCCACAACCUGCUUCUUUGAUUGGUCAAGGGUACGCACGCCUCGCUGGUGUAUCAUUCUUGAGUCCUGUCUUCACCUUCGCCCUAUGGGCACUUGGUUCUUCGACCGUCAUCCCAGGUGUCGUUGAUGCACCGAUUCUUUCUGGCUCAGAGAAGGUGCUUGUCGAGGAGGGCGCAGGUGCUGGUGGCUUCGGCAAGAUCUUGGAAGCGGCCGAACAGGAGCACACUGAGCUGAAGAGAGAUGAGAAGUUUGGUACACUUCCUUGUGUUGUCUUCACGCACGGUAUGGCUGGUAUGAGCCAAAGCUACUCGCACUACCUGGGUAGUAUCGCCAGUCACGGCUACCUUAUAGCGGCAGUCGAGCAUCGCGAUGGGAGUGGGCCUGGUACCAUCGUUCACUAUCCUAAUGAGACAGAGAGGAGCGUCUGGCACAUGAAACUUAAGGAUCUUGUGUCUGACCCACCGAUGACCGACCUGGACCUCAAGGAAGCCCAGCUCGCUUUCCGCGAAGCUGAGAUUGCAGAGACGGUCAAGCUCUUCGCGCAACUCAAUGAUGGAGACGCCCCCGUUGUCAACCUGAAGCCCGACUCUCCUCGUGAGGCUCUUCCUGGCUUUAAGAAUCGCCUCGACAUGUCAGCUGUUACGAUUGCUGGUCAUUCCUAUGGCGCAACUGGUGUCUUGCAGGCUCUGAAGUCUGCCGGACCCAAAGAUCUUAACCUCAAUGGAGGUAUUGCACUGGACCCUGGCAAAGGUUCAGGACCCUUGAACAAGGACAUCAACGUUCCUCUAUUGGUCAUGCAGAGUGGAGAGUGGACUGAGAAGCAGACCGAGUUCUACGGACAAGGUUGGCAUUUUGACGUCGUGAAGAGGAUUGUUGAGAACGUUAAGGGCGGUUGGAUGAUGACCUUGACCGGCACCGCCCAUCCAUCUUGCACCGAUGCACCUCUGAUCGUGCCCUGGAUCAUGAGACUGGUCACUGGAACCACAUUGAACUCGAGAAUUGCACUGCGCGAAUACAUUGACGCGUCGGUCCACUUCUUGAAGUACCUUAAAACGGGCGAGAAGAUGGGUAUCCUUGCGAGCGACGUCACCAGCUCAGCAGGACCGUUGGCAGAUGCUGACAAGCGCGGAAAAGCGAAGGGACAGUUUGGCGCAGACUGGGAAGUCCACGUUGUGCCCAAGCCAAAGUUUCAGUAA